UGCUUUACACUGUGCUUAAACACUUGAAUCUCACGUGAUACAACACUCACAAAAACGAUGCCCAUGCAAAACAUUCCACUACGUCGAAAAACACGCCCUUUCUAGCUCGCAGGAACUAAGAAAAUGGUUUUUUUUUAAAUUAAUAUUAUCAGCUUCCUCUAGGAAGACAAAAAAAAAAACUUUCCCUUCCCACAAAAGUGCUAACAGUGGUAACGACGCGACACGAAGUUUCUGCGAUACAGUGUUGAGUUGCUGUGAAACAAAACAAGCACCGAGCUUCUUUGAGAAAGUUUAACUACAAUGCAAACUUGUGCAAAGGUCAAAGACAAGAUCCGAAUGCAGCUGGGUGGGAAAAAGAACGAGGAGCCAGUGGACAGCAACGAGAGCCUCGCUGACAAGAGCCCUUUGGAGUGUGGAGAGAAUGAAGACCUUUUAAAUGACAAAGCUUCCCUGGUGAAUGAUGAGGACACCAACAGUCUUCUAGAUUGGUGGCAGAAUGAAAAAGGGUGGGAUGAGUGGGGUUCUGAUGAAGAAUUCACUGACGAAGAACAAGCCAGGGUCAUUGCCACUACAUCUUGCAAAGUGUACAAAGGCAUUCGGCUCUUCAUGAAGCUGUUCCUGGACCGCUUUGAAACAUUCCAGAAGUACAUCAGCGAGCUCUGCGCGAUCGCGGACGGAGUCGACCGCUUUCACAAGAAGGCGACGAUCGCCAGCAUCACCGGAGGAGCUGUGAGCGCGGCCGGGGGGGUGACUGUCAUCGCCGGCCUCAUCCUGGCUCCCUUCACAUUCGGGGCGUCCAUCAUAGUGAGCGCUGUGGGGCUGGGGGUCGCCACGGCCGGGGGAGUGACCAGCGCCUCCGCCAACAUUUCAGACACGGUCAGCAACUCCUCUGACCGGAAAAGAGUGGAGAAGAUCAUCGAAGGGUACCAGAGGGAGAUGAAAGACAUCUCGGAGUGUUUGGUGUUCGUGGAAAAGGGCAUGGAAAGCAUGCAGAGGUUCGAUCUGUCCAAGGUCAACGACAGCAUGUACAGCCAAGCUUUCCCGAAGAUCGGAGGGGCGCUGCAGAAAGGGACGAGGGUCGGGGGUCAAAUUAACGAGAUUGUCCAAGUGGUCCAGCUGGCCAGACUGGCCGGAGGGGCGGCCACUGCAGUCCGAGUGGUCAGUGUGGCGUCCGUGGUUCUGUCCGGGUUGUCCGUGGGUUUAGACAUGUUCUUCAUCGCGAAGGACUCGAUGGAAUUGCGGAAGGGAGCCAAGACCCAGUUUGCAGCUAAAAUCCGUGAGGUGGCUUCUGAACUGCAAGCAGGCUUGCUGGAGCUCAAUAAAAUAAGAGAAGAGCUUCAGCAGACAACCAACGGGCUCUCAGAGACGCAGGUUCCCACUGACUGAGCUGCUUGUACUCUAGUACGAUUAUCUAUUUUCUGAUUUUAUUUUUAUUAUUACCACCGCUGCACAUUCUACACUGUAUGAUUUACCGGGUUACUGAAUCGUAUUAUUUAAUAUGGCUGACAUUGUUUGGUUUCUGGGUAAUGGGAGUUUAAACAAUCUGAUAUGGCGUCUUCACAUUUGGUACACGGCUGUGUUCUAUGAUUCAGUUCCAGUAUGGGUAGUACUGAAAUUUGCGGCUGCAUUUCUUUGAACCCUCUCUGAACCCACUGGAGAUGCAAGGCUCUUAUGUGGCAUGUGAAAUACCUCGGAGACCAGUGACUUUUUCAUUUCCAUGUGAUAAUGAUCAAGCCAGUUUGGCUUCAAACUCCUCUCUUGGUCGAGUCUGAUCAUGGGUCAAACAAAAUGAAUCGUUUCAUUGCCUACUUCGUUCGAACUCCUGCACUUUAUUCACUAUAUAUAUUAUAUAAAAUUAGUCACAGAAUAUAGUUUUAUAUUUCCACAUGUAUAUAUACGCUGCCCUCGAACAAACACCACUCUCAAUAAUGAAACAUGUACGCUUUUAUCCCUACCCCAGCUCAAAUAAAUGCUGCACUUAAUAAAGAAACACAUACAAAACAGUAUGGCAAAACAUUACAAAUAGAAACACAAUUUAUUGUAUAGACUUGAAUAGAAAUGUAUUUAUACGAAUACAGUGACACACUGGAGCACAUCGGUACUGUAAAGUUUAUGGAACCAAAACAAACCUGUCUGGUUUUAUGCACGGUAUUUUGGGUACUAAGAGACACUGCAGAAUCCUGAUCCAGACAGGAAGUUCGGAGAGUGAGGGGUGGGCUGUUUGAGUGUUAAACAGACGUGUAGCUCUCGCUGUAGCAUUGCUGUUUAUCCACGGGAUCAACUCCUCUUCCUCACCGAAGUCCUGUCUGGAUCGGGAGACCGGGAGUGUUUAGUUGUCUUGCUGGUUGAAGAGAAAUAAACGCACAGUAUAUUCAAUAGCUCAGCCCUGCGACUCUUAGAAACUGCUGGAAGAAAAGAAAAGGGAAAAUAAACCGACCUCCUCGGUGCUGAAUCGACAUUUCUCUCUCGUUAUUAUUCCCCUCUCCACGCUACACUGAAAAGACCGUCAAGGCUCGUCCCUUGUUAGCACACCAUUCUCCCCUACUGUGGGGAACUAAUUUUAAUGUUCCCAGUGUUUUAGAUCCUACUUCUUCACAUGGUGGGCUAUUCCAUGCAUUUCUAACUCUCUGUGUAAAACAGUGCUUCCUAACUUCUGUUCUAAACUUAUUUUUACUCAGCUUUCAUUUAUGCCUGCUUGUUCUUCUCUCUGUGUUAAAUCUGAAGUAGUGUUGGACUGACCUCAGAAAAAAUGACCUCAGACACAAAAAUAGGAGGAGUGACAAACACUGUUGCAGCAGCAAAGGUCAUUCAAAAUGAUCUAGACAGCAUUCAGAACUGGGCAGACACAUGGCAAAUGACAUUUAAUAGAGAAAUAUGUAAGGUACUGUACGCGGGCAAUAAAAAUGUGAAUUAUAAAUACCAUAUGGGAGAUACUGAAAUUGAAGAAGGGAACUAUGAAAAAGACCUAGGAGUUUAUGUCUUCAUCUAGACAAUGUGGGGAAGCUAUAAAAAAAAGGCCAACAAGAUGCUCGGAGAUGAAUUGUGAUACCUAUGAAACUGCAAGUGGACCAUAUCUUUAACUUUAACUAUUGUUUUGUUGUGAUAUUUUUUGCAAAUGUAGAUGUGCCAUCACUAAACAGUUUAUUUUCUUAUGUCUUUUUAUAUGUUAGAAAUGUAUAAAGAAUGUAUAUUGAUUUA